CGUAACUUUUUCUUUAACACUUGUUGCAAAUCAUUCUUGUUUCAAUUCUGAGGUUAGUUUCUAUUUGUUUAUAGUCAUUGGAAAUUUUGACACAUUAAUUUUCGUGGAAGCAGAAUUUGGUCAUCUACAUGCAUUUGGCAAUGGAGAAGUCUAAUAGCCAAAAUAAAUGUGAAGGGGCUAGCACAGGGUUACUAGAUUUGGUGUUUUCUUGGUCUUUUCGAGACGUGCUUAACAAGGAUUUGUACAAGGAUAAGGUGAAACGUAUUCCAAAGGUGUUUUCAUCAACUACUCAGUAUACAAAUGCGUUCAAAACCCCACUUGUGGAGGAAACUCGAGCGAGUUUAUGCUCAGGAAUGGAAUCUGUUGGCAAUGCCCCUGCUUGUGAGAUAUCAAGUAUCGAGUUAUCUAAAGAUUAUAAGCCUCCUAAGGAGUUUUAUUACAACAUUUUGACUAAAAAGUUUACUGAUUUCAAGAACAAUGGAGGACAUUAUGAGCCAGAGCCAGGGGACAUCAUUGUUCUUUCGAAUAUUAAGCCAAGAAGGAUUGAAGAUUUGAAUAGGCCUGGACAUACCUCUGUUGUUGCCAUGGUUGCGACGAUGGAGGAUGGUUCUGACAUGACUCGAAUUCUCUCAUCAAAGGAACUUGGUGGUUCGGAAUUGUUACCUAAGCGUCAUAUGGGUGUAAGAGUUUUCGCGACUUACUUGAUCAACUUGAUAACAAAUACGAGGAUUUGGAAAGCACUUCAUCCUGAUCCUAUUGGUGUGAGCAUGAACCUACUUCUUAAAGUUCUUCAACCUAACUCUCAUGCAGGUGAGGAUUGCACUAUAUGCGUGUCUGGUGGUAACUUUAGCAGUGUGAAUCCAAGUAUACGGGAGGCAAUCGAUUCUUUCAAGUUAGACGAGUCACAGAAAACUGCUGUUUUUAGCAGUAUUCUGAUGAGAAAAUGCUCACACAAGAAAGACAAUGUGAAGCUCAUAUGGGGUCCUCCAGGGACAGGGAAAACAAAAACAGUUGCUUCGCUUUUAUUUUUACUUUUCAGGUUGAAAUGCAGGACAUUAGCCUGUGCUCCGACCAACAUUGCAGUUCUGCAAGUCGCGAAAAGGCUGAUGGACAUACUCUCACAGUCUCUGAAGUAUGAUACUUAUGGCUUGGGUGAUGUUGUUCUUUUUGGUAAUAGUGAGCGAAUGAAGGUAGAUGAACAUGAUGAGCUGUUAAAUGUGUUUUUAGAUUAUCGAGCAGAAGUUCUGUCUAAAUGCCUUUCUCCUAUAAAUGGUUGGAAGCAUACUUUAGAUUCAAUGAUAUCUUUACUUGAAGAGCCUGAAGAGCAAUACCAAAAAUACUUGCGGGACAGAACUGUUCUCGAUGAUGAUGAGGAGGAGGAUGAGAGCGACGAUGACAGUGAUGAUAGCAGCGAAAGAGAUAGUGCAAAAUGUAAGGGGUUGAAGAGGGAUGACAGAAGAAAGCACUGGUCAGAAGUAAUUGAUCAAUCAAUGAAACGAAGCAACAAGAACUCCAAGGAUCAGAAGUAUAGAUCUUAUGACAAUCUGUUGUCGUAUGAAGAGUUUGUGAAGCAGAGGUUCUUUUAUGUAGGAGAACGUUUAGCGUUCUUAAUGAAGAAUCUUUACACCCAUCUACCAACAUCGUUUAUUUCAUUGGAUGCAGUAAAGAGCAUGAUUAGCCUGAUUGAACUUUUUAAUAUUCUUCGAGAUGCAAGAGAAAAAAUUGGUCAUAACCAUAAGUUGACGAUGAAGAGGAACGAGUUUGUUCAAAUUCUCAAGUCCCUUCCUGAGUAUUUCUCUGUUCCAAUAUUAGCUUAUUCUGACAUACAAACAAUCAAGGAUUUUUGUUUAAAAAACGCUCAUUUAAUCUUCUGUACUGCCUCGAGUUCUGCUAAAAUGCAAACUGAAGGCAUGGAACCAGUGGAAUUGUUAGUCAUUGAUGAAGCCGCGCAGAUUAAAGAAUGUGAAUCCUUGAUUCCCUUACAGAUUCCCGGUCUCAAGAACGCCAUUUUGAUAGGCGAUGAUAAACAGCUUCCAGCAAUGGUUCAAAGCAAGGUUGCUGAAAAUGCUGAUUUUGGACGGAGCUUGUUCAAAAGAUUAGCAACUUUAGGGAAAAAGAAGCAUCUUCUUAAGAUUCAAUACCGGAUGCAUCCGUCCAUAAGUUUGUUUCCGAAUGAAGAGUUCUAUGGAAAUCAGAUUACAGAUGGUCCAAAUGUGAAAGAAAUAAGUUACUGUAAAAACUUUCUUCAAGAAAAAAUUUAUGGAACUUAUUCUUUCAUCAAUGUAUCUAGAGGAAACGAAAAUUUCGACAAAGGCCAUAGCCCCAGAAAUCUAGUAGAGGCAGCAGUUGUGUGUCAGAUUGUUGUAAAGCUCUUCAAGGAGUAUUGUAACACAGGGAAAAAAGUAAGUGUGGGAGUAAUUUCACCUUACAAGGGUCAAGUUGGUCUGAUUCAAGAAAAAAUAGGAAUGCGGUAUGACAGUUACAAGGACAGCGGUUUCUUAGUGAGUGUUCGUUCAGUUGAUGGAUUUCAAGGCGGAGAGGAGGACGUAAUUAUAAUCUCAAGUGUUCGAAGCAAUGGGAAAGGAUCGGUUGGCUUCUUGUCGAAUCAUCAAAGGACAAAUGUAGCUCUAACGAGAGCAAGGUACUGUCUAUGGGUAGUAGGGAAUGGAGCUACCUUAACUAAAAGUGGAUGUGUGUGGAAGCAGCUUGUGAUUAAUGCCAAAAUGCGAGGAUGUUAUUACAAUGCUGACGAGGAUAAAGAUCUUGAUAGAGCAAUGACAGCAGCAGUACUCGAGACUGAAAUCGAUCCUGCAGAAUCUUUGUCAAGCAGGUUAGCUGGAAUUCAGAUAAGAAACGGCAGUCAGGGAGAAUCGAGUUCCUUAUCUAGAAACAAUUUCGAGUCGAAAAGGGAGAAAGGAAGUUCCAUAAUUGGAUACAGAAGAUGGUGAAUGAAUUGAACAAGAUUGGAAGGAAACAGAACUUGCUGGCUUCUAGUCGACUUUCCAUUCUCCUCAUUUUACUCUAAAGUAUCUAUUACAUGCUACUGGCUAGUGUUUUCAUGUUAUAUUACUUCCGGAUAUGGUGUUGAAUACGUGACAAUACAUCUUGACACACUAAAAAAUCAUGUCCUAAUUUUUUACUUUUUAGACAUUUGGACUCAAAUCGUGUCUUAAUAUAAUACGGUUUGUUUUGUUUU